AAACUCUUCUCCACCCUACGAUCACUUCUCUGUGUACCUAUAUCAAAGACAUUACUAUGAGGCGACACGCCUCCUUCCAUGGGAAUUACCCGGAGGCAUAUAAGGCAGUCGACAUUCAGACACAAGUUGACUUCUAACAAGGGCAUACUUCCACAAUGACCGGAUUACUCUUGCUCUUUCUGAUCGUCUUUGCUUUCUCUGACGCCGAGGAGCACACUGUAAAUGAAUUAUUCUCUUUAAUUGGGACGGCGCCUGAGAAGACAGGGCAUGGCGGACAGUCCGAACCUCCGCAGAACGACAGCAGAGUCGGCGGGAAAGACCUCGCAUUACCCAUCAACGAGUUGCUGGGACAAACCAAGAAAACCGGGGACCCUAAAUAUACACUUCAUCAAUUACCUGCUGGGGUGUGGCCAAAGCACCCGGACCUGGUGCCUAUACCUCGUCUGGGGUCCAAUGGUAAAAACAAGAAGGUUUCUAAAACGGACCGGUUACCAGUUGAGCAUAACAGUGAGAAGAACCGAGGGGAUGGACGCGGUCAUGUUCCUAUUCUGCACUCCAAAAUCGCACCUGUUACAGUGAACCGUACGCACAAAAAUGUACCGGAGAGUGAACCUCAUUCCAACCACCCCCCACCAGGUGACAUUGACAACAACCACAACUCAAGAUCUCGUAACAUGCAACCGACUUCCAACACACGGAAAGACCGAGACCCCCCUAACCGGCGUCUUGACCCUGAGGAGAACCGUCCCGGGAAGUCCAGUCUUACGACUGGGGGCAAUAUAAACAACACUCGACCCUUUGUGCUGUACAACCGUCGCUCAUCCAGUUUGCUGUACCACUUCGACAUCCUUAAAAGAGAGUCAGACUUCAGUCAAGAUGCCGUCUGCUUGAGUGAAUGCAGAAAGGAACGGGAUGAGAGGGAACAUUAUUGUUACAGCGAGUUCGCCAUCAAUGGCAUUGUGCACGACAUCGAGAUCCUUCGGCGAGGCAUACGGCUCAUCACGCUGCUGGUGAACAGCGAUGGCUUCUACAAGAUGAGCCGGCUGUACGUCACUCCCGACAGCUACUUCUUCAAAGUACGCAUCCUAGCUCUGGACACCUUCAAGUGCUCCAAACCCUGUCCAGACUUCAAACUGGGGAGCAGGUACAUCGUCAUGGGGCAGAUCUACCACCGGCGGCGCCACCUGCCAGGUGACCUCCUGGCCGUCGUUGGGGGCAAACUCAAGCCUGGGGACGGACUGCUGCGGAGCAACAACUACGUCAAGAGGUACAACAAGAGGAGACACCAGAAGACCCAGGAGGCCAUGCGCUCUAAGUGUCGGUGAGCUGGACCGCUCACCAGCACCACCAAUUGCACGGGAGGACUCAUUGCAGCUUUGGUGUAUAAAAAGACUUUGGUCCGUUAAAAAAACAAACCCAUCAUAAUCACACAAUAUUGUCUGAAGGAAGACAAGGGAACGUGUUCCCACGCGUGUUUGAGCAGAAGUAGUCGACUCUAUGCCAGAGGUGAUGUUUUGCUUGCUGUAAAAUGCUUGUUUUGUUGUUUUUACUUUUUUUGGAAGAAAACCUGGUGGCGUAGACAGUGAGUGUCAGCGGUCAGACACAAUCUUGCAUCCAUUUCUGCCCUAAACUCAGUGUACACUUCUAAGGCUUUAGUGUGAAACACAGUGUACACUUCUAAG